AUGGCGGCAGAUUUGAGUGUCGUCAAUGCUGUUGUUGUUAUUCAGGUAAACAAAAUAGAAACCAUUGUCCCAACUUUGUGGAUUACUAAGUUGUACAAGAUUAUUUAAAUAUUGUCUUGUUUUGUAUGCCCAUCAACAGGCACAAAUUCGAGGAUUCCUAGUUCGUAAAAAACUCCAAGAAGUCCGUAAGGAAUUUAAAGAAGUUCUACAAGAGUUAGAAAGCGACGUAAAAUUCGUGUGCUGGAAGAAAAAGGGUUUAGCGAUGCCACUGGUAACUUCCGAUCCCAAAUUAUUUAAGAGCACAAAUGAUGAAUCAAACGUUGUUAGCAGAGAAAAUGACAAUGAAAUAACAAGGAAGGAGGGAUGGCGUAGUUGUAGCAACGUCGACGAGACCGGUGGUCAUUCACUUGGAAAUGAAAUAUUAAAUGAAUUACAUACCGAUCAAGUUGAAAACCAGGAAAUUAUAGACCAUGAAGGAACUAUACUGGAAAGAACUUCAAGAUCUGCAAGAUGUGAUAAUGAUUUUCGAAAGAACCUAGAAUUUCUUCCGGAGAAUGAGGUUGUCGAAAUGGAAAGUGGAAGCGAAAAAAGGCCUCACCCUGCAGAGAAAAGUCUUGAGAGGCAAGAAAAUUUAGGUGGUCAUGAAGAAUUCGAAGAGAGAGGAUAUGAUUUUGGGGCUGAUAGAUUACCCCAAGAAAGAACAUUGUAUUCUUCUUCAGAUAUUCCUUUAAAUGGCGCUAUCAAUCCUCUGUUGUCCAGUAACCAGGAGGUAAAGCGAAAAGAACAUAACAAUGGAUCUAAAGCAUCGCCCAUGGAUUUGGGGCAAAGGAGAUCUUAUCUGAGGGAUCAGGCACUUCUCAGUGAAAGUUGGAUGAGUGACAGAUCAUUUGGUAAGCUAACAAACAGCUGCUGUUUACAGUUAUACAGUGUGGGACAGUGUUAAUUUAAAACUUUUAGACAGAUAAAAAUAGAUGGGGCUGUAAGGACUUUAGCCCAUUUUUCACCAAAAUUAAAAAAAUUCUUUUUUGGUCAUUGUACAGUGGAACCCUGUUAGUACAGACACCAACGGGACACACCAUAGUGUAAGUAUUAAGUGGAUUAAUUUUAGAGAAAAUAUAUAUUAAGCUUCUAUUUUGUCGGGACAAACUGUCUGUUAUAUACGGUUGUCAGUAUUAAGCUGGUGUCCGUACAGCAGGGGUUCACUGCACUGUUUAUGUGGCAUUUUUGUACAUUAUUAUUAUCAGUGACAAGAGUGCUUUGUUUAAACCAUAGAGGGGGGUACUCCAGAUUUCAAGUGACGGGGGUCAUUAAAUAGGGGCAAAAAUCAAAAUGCAAAAAAAGUCCUCAGGGCUUCCAACAAAACCCAAACAAAAUCCAAAAAUUAACCCCCCAAAAAUCCCAUGCCUAAGUUCCCAUCCCUAACAAGUUCGGUUGUACAUUUCUGCAGAACCACACAGCACAAUAUGUGAGCUACACCAUGAAUCUUCAGAUUGUUUUGAAUACCCCCCAAAAUUUCAAACCCCCAAAAAUCUUCCAUCAUCCUCAUCACUUGAAAUCCGAAGUAGCAACCCCGCCCCACCCCCCCUCCCCCCAACCCUUGGGCGUUUAAAAAGCUAAUUUUGAUGGUCUAUUCCUCCAGCAAGGUUAUGUAUAAAAUCCUAUGCCAAACACAUGUUAUGAUUUGGGAACAGGUUGAUUUGCGUUAAUGAAGGUUGGGGAGAUGGGGGGUGAGGUUAAGGGGCACUGCAAAAGAGACAGUCUGCACGUUUUUCCACAGGCUUGCAUCUCUGAACAUGCUAUAGAUUAGCCUACAUAGCAAGCAUUAAUUUGUUUUACCAGGGUGUUCAUUAGGCAUUGAUCAGAGAUCGGAGAAUUCUCUGUUUACAAUGAAAAAUUCUCCUGCUAACGUUCGGUUGCCUGUGACUAUUUUUAUUCAGAUGAGGAUUCUCUUUCAAAAUAUUUCUCUUGUAACAUUACCCCUUUCCCCAUACUCCUGCUUCUAGAAUUCUUAAUGAAAACCCUGUUAUACACUGUAGACAUGCAAUACAUUGUUUUAUUUCUGCCCAUCAAUCCGGUCUUGUACGUGUCUCUUGUCAGAUCCAGUGGAAGAUGACAAAACAACAGCAUUUACCGACCUUCCCACUGAUCCUGUUAAACUAUGUGAACUUAGAGAUCACAUUGGAAUGGAAUUACUUUGGACAGAGCAAGCAAUACAAAGUAGGAAAAAGGUAAGAGCCUAGACUCCUUUAUUAUCUACUACUACAUGUUAUUUUUCUUUACCAAGCUAAGCACGCUUCUAGUACAAGCAUGUGGUAAUAGUGAGAUGCAAAUGAGUCUCACCCAAAAACACGGAGCAGUAAUAUUUAGAAUAAAACUUUAGUGUACACUUUUAACAAGUGCGCUCUCACGAGAAGGUCAUAAUAUUUCCUGACACGAACAUUGAAACUUGAUCCGUGAUCACUGAGACACGAGACUCCAUCCUCAAAAGUUUUGAGAAUCGAUAAUCUACUCUCGAGAAUCGAGUCUCAAGGAUCGAGACACAAGUGACUGUCAACUUACCUUUAAGUGGUACUGUAUGUAUCAUUCUAACUUUCGAAUCUGUGGACAAAAUCCUAUCAUAAGAACCUUUUUGUAGCAAAGGAACAGGAAACAUUGAGCAUCUCUUCAAAUAGUACAGUGCAAUCAAUACAGUUCACAUAUAUAACACGGCGUCAAUUUCAAAUAAGCGCCUUCCAGGGUCGUUUGUUGUAGUUUGACUGCAUUGCAUGACGGGAAGAUGACAAUUAUCCUCCAUUCAUGUUAUCAUUCAAAUGAAACUUCAGUGGCAGAACUUUUGCAUCAUAAGAUUUAACAAAAAGAAAUAAGGAAUUCUUUUGGCAAGAAGGGUGGGUGAGGUGAAUUUCCACUCUGGCCUCUGUUAAAAGUGAAAGAGAACUCUCCAUUUCUCUCCUGGUUUACACUUUGUGCCAGUACCAGUGGUGUUUGUUGAGAUUACUAUGCAUGACUGAUUACUUGUUACGGUUGUUGUUUUCAGUACCUGAAUUUAAGAAAGGACCUGUCACAUCAAGAGUGUGGCUCUGAUUGA